AUGCCUCGACCACCUAGCCACCCCGUCCCGCUCACACCCACCCCGACAGACAGGGACAGACGCACCGGCCUCCGGUCAUUGCUAUAUUUAUUGGCGACGCUCAUAAGUACGCGGGUCAGGAUUAAGAAGAACGCUCUGCCGCGCAUCAGUCAAGGUCUGUUAGCUGGCCUCCCUGGGAGGUCUUCGGGGUACAGUCGCGACCGACUACGGCCACCUGAACACCCUAGCCGCAGCUAA